GUUUUUGCAACGGUCAAGCAACCAUGUGACAUGUCCCCCCGCACCGCCCCUCGCGUGACGUCGUCUUCCUCCUUCCUUUCCGUCUCGCCCUCCGCUGCUAGCAGAGUUAGCACUAGCAGUUAGCGCCCAGCAGCUGUCGGUGGCACUCAGUCAGUCAGUCGGUCAGUCGGUCGGAGCGGUGCUGCGUUUGUGAUUAGUAACCGUGUCCUCCUUCCCUCCCGUAGAUACACCGUGAACGGCUGGGAGACAGCUGCUUCAUCUCCUCGGGCCACCAUUACCUGCGGUCAAUUAUCGCUGUCCUCGCCGUCACGACAGGAAGAAGCUCUGGGACAUGGCCAGACAAGAACAGGUCCUAGGGCUUGAGCCGCAACAUGAACUCAAAUUCAGAGGCCCCUUUACUGAUGUCGUCACUGCCACUCUGAAGCUCACCAACCCCACGGAUAGAAAUGUGUGUUUCAAAGUCAAGACAACUGCACCUCGCAGAUACUGUGUGCGCCCAAACAGUGGCAUCAUUGACCCUGGAAACUCCAUCAAUGUUUCUGUUAUGCUACAGCCAUUUGACUACGAUCCCAAUGAAAAGAGUAAACACAAAUUCAUGGUGCAGUCCAUGCUGGCUCCAUACGGCAUGACUGACAUGGAAGGAGUUUGGAAGGAGGCGAAGCCUGAAGAGCUGAUGGAUUCAAAGUUGAGAUGUGCAUUUGAGAUGCCUCUAGAAAAUGACAAAAAUCAUGAGAGUGAAACCGACCAAACUGUGUAUUCCUCUCCCUCCUCUGUUAAGACUGAGCUCUCUACACUGCCCAAGUCAGCCAGUGCCUCGCUGGAUGACGGGGAGGUGAAGAAGAUCAUGGAGGAGUGCAAGCGGCUGCAGAUGGAGGUGCACAGGCUACGGGAAGAAAACAAACAGAUGAGGGAGGACGACGGACUGCGGAAGAGAAAGGUGACCUCGAUGGGCUCUCCUCACUCUUCUUCCUCCUCCGCCAUGGCUACCUCGGCCAUGAGGGACGAAGGCCUAAGCACCCGCAUCCUGGCGCUCUGCGUUCUCUUCUUUGUCAUUGGAGUCAUCAUUGGCAAGCUGGCCCUGUAGAGACUCAGACAGACAGAGCACAGUGACAGACGGACGGACGGCGUGCUCGGCAGGACACGUGUCAAUGACGGCAACGGGGAUGUCUUCUGGGUUUAUGUUGGUUUCUCUUUCUUUACUUUUCUUUUUUUACAUUUAAGGCAACAUAAUGAUGGUUUGUCUGGAUGGAAAAUAAUUUAAUGUGUAAAGAGAGAACGAAGCAAGGCAAUCCCAAGUUAAACCACGAGUGCAAGGGUUUUUGUCACAGGUCUUUGCCUUUGUCCUUUUUUUUGUGAAAUAAUCACCACCUCUGAUCUGUUCUUUCCGUCCAUCCCUCCCUCCUUCCUAAUUGAUCUUCCGCAACUUGCACAGGUAACAGUUAGUGGUGUGUGGAAGUGGCUUCACGCUGGCUGAAUGUCAAAAGUCUUUUGAUUCAAGUUCCUCACUCACAUUGUCUAUAAGAAAGAUCUAACACUCCUCUUCUGGUCUCUUCCACUUAUUACUGAUAUCUACAAAAAUAAUAAACUCAAUGUAUUGUUUUCUAAACGGUAUCUGGUAAAAGUGUUUCUGUGUGUGUGUGUGCGCGCGCGUCUCGUGCAAGAGAGCUGAUGUGACUGUUUUUGGAUGUUUUUAUGUGAGGAGAUCCUAAAUAUUGAAAUCACAGGCUGUUUUAGAAUGAAGGAAGAGGGGUGGUUUGAAAACUAAACUUUCAUCUGAACAGACUUCCUGCACAUAACUGAACAAAAAUGGGGGUCAUUGUUAAAAAUCAGAUUAAAACUUCUUUUUUUUGCCAUUUAAAAAUUAUAACCUUCAAGAUUACGAUAAAGAUUUUAUGCUGCAUGGUGAUCUAGUUAAAAAAAAAAGAAAAAGCAAAGCUGUAAUUUAGUUCAAGACGUCAGAUCUUCCCAGAUGUUAUAAACGAUUGCUUCCUCGGGUUGAGAGAGAGAGAGAGAGAGGCACCAAAAUGACAAACUCCCCGCACCCACCUUAAAACAGUGCAGUUUUCCAACGUUCACUUUCAAUAUAUAGCAUACAGUAUGUAACAAUAGCUUUGGCCACCUUGUUUAAUUUUGCUCAUAAAGUAUUGUAUUUGCGUCCUUGAGUGUAUUACAGCAUUUUUCUUUCUUUUUUCCCCCUUUAUAUAAUCAUGUAGUCGGAUGCUUCUGUUUAUAAUAUUCAAAUGCACUAUAUUCAUGUGUCCACUCUACAGUCUGCAUGAAAUGACCUGGAUUUAUUAUGAUUAUUAUUUGAGUGAAGUUCUAUUGGCAAAACAAAAAAAUACUGUUUUCUCAAAAGGUUGAGUCUGGUUUAUCUGUGUUCGUGUUUUGUUUCCUUUCAAUUAUCCUUGUGUUUUAUGUUGGGCUCUGGUGGUUGUGAGAUAACUGAGACAACACAGCUGUAUUAUCUCAGGCUGUCACAUGACCAUCUCAGCAGGUUGUUCAAUGAAAAAAAGAAUAUAUCUGUAUUUUUCGUUGCCUGAGGGAACUCAGGGAGCAGAGAAGUGGGGAUGUGGGCGGUUGGGAGGAGGACUGACCUAUGAAUACACACUACAUUAAAGAGAAAAAAGGCAUCAGUGCUUCAUACCACACAUGCAAAGAUACAGACACAAUGUAAUCACACAUUAAUUGGAUACUCUUUUGUAUGUACAUAAACCAUACUUAAAAAGACAACUGGCAACGUUAUUAAUAUACUGCAGUAAAGGAAGGAAAUAAUCAUCCACCAUGGAUGAUGUAGCAUCAUAAUUAAUUAAAAUGCAUAAACCCCCAA